AUGGUGAUAAUUUUCCUGCUACUUCUCUUCUGGGAAAAUGAGUCAAAUGAAGAAGUGAUGCUGUCAACCUUAGAGCAUUUGCAUGUGGACUACCCUCAGACUGAUGUUCCCAUAAGGUACUGCAACCACAUGAUCUUACAACGAGUCAUCAAGGAACCUGACAACACCUGCAAAAAGGAGCAUGUCUUCAUCCAUGAGAGGCCUCGAAAUAUCAAUAGACUUUGCACUUCUCUCAAGAAGGUGGCUUGCCAAAACCAUUCCACUAUCUUCUGCUUUCAGAGUGAGACAAAGUUCAAAAUGACAAUUUGUCAGCUCAUUGAAGGCACCAGGUACCCUGCCUGCAGGUACCACAUUUCCCCCAUGGAGGGAUUCAUUUUUGUCACUUGUGAUGACAUGGGGCCAGUUAGUUUCCAAGGAUUUGUUGAAUAA